UGGUCGCUGUCUCCCACGGCUCGGAGGAAGUGCACUCAGGCACCGCCUAUAAACUUCCGUUGCUGCUCUAGCCUCUCUCUUUCUGAGCUGAUAGCGCUCCUGCAAACAUGGUGAACGUUCCUAAGACCCGCCGGACAUUCUGCAAGAAAUGUGGGAAGCACCAACCCCACAAGGUGACGCAGUACAAGAAGGGCAAGGAUUCUUUGUAUGCCCAGGGAAAGCGGCGUUAUGACAGGAAACAGAGUGGCUACGGCGGGCAGACUAAGCCCAUUUUCCGCAAAAAGGCUAAAACUACAAAGAAGAUUGUGCUGAGACUGGAGUGCGUUGAGCCCAACUGCAGAUCUAAGAGGAUGCUGGCUAUUAAGAGAUGCAAGCAUUUUGAACUAGGAGGUGACAAGAAGAGAAAGGGCCAAGUGAUCCAGUUCUAAGCUGAUUUUGUUAUGAAGACAAUAAAAUCUUGACCUUUCACCCCCUUUGA